UGCAGGAAGUGUCCCAGGGGAGGGAGCCGGAGGGCUCCGGCCUUUCCUUUCCGCGGCGGCCCGGCCUGCGCGGCCCGCCAACAGGGACGCUGCUCAGCGGCGUCUCCCUUCGCUCCCAAGCCCAGCUGAUGCUUUCUAGAUGAUCCCGAGACAGGGUUGGCCUGCCCAGGGACGGAGUCUGGCCCCUGCAGAGGAGCCGCCUCGGCCAAGACACCAAGGAGACCGGGCUGGAAGGUGAGAACCUGCAGCCCUGCAGUCCCAGGCUUCGAGGCGAAGAGCCAUCUAACCUGGAAGAGUUUCAAUUUGUGACGAUCUCAAGAACAAAGACAGUGACUUUGGUGCCAAAGCUUCAAGAUUGUGGCUUGCUGGGGCUAUAUCCUCCAAGAGGACCUGUCCCCCAAAGGGCCGUCUUCUGCCGCUGACCCCCAUCAAAUCCCAUCAUGCCCACAGCCCUGUGCCCACGAGUCUUGGCUCCAAAGGAAAGUGAGGAGCCCAGGAAAAUGCGGAGUCCUCCUGGAGAGAACCCCAGCCCUCAGGGUGAGCCUCCCAGCCCAGAGUCCUCUCGCCGCCUCUUCCGCCGGUUCCGCUACCAGGAGGCGGCAGGCCCACGGGAGGCCCUGGAGCGCCUCUGGGAGCUGUGCCGGGGCUGGCUGCGGCUUGAAAGGCACACGAAGGAGCAGAUCCUGGAGCUACUGGUGCUGGAGCAGUUCCUGGCCAUCCUGCCAUGGGAGAUCCAGAGUUGGGUGCGUGCCCAGGAGCCGGAGAGUGGAGAGCAGGCUGUUGCUGCAGUAGAGGCUCUGGAACGGGAGCCAGGGAGACCCUGGCAGUGGCUCAAGCACUGUGAAGACCCGGUCGUGAUUGACGAUGGCGAUGUGCCUGGGCCUCAGGACCUUGAGCAAGAGCGAGUGUCAGCGGAGUCCCUGAGCAACCCUGAUGCCCAACCUGUGGCCCUUGCACAGGGCCUAGGGCUCCUCAGCAGACCACCAGGCCAGCCCACUGAGGACCCAGUUCCGCAAGAUGGUUUCCUUGUUCAGGAGCAGAGUGUCAGGGACGCCCAGCCGGUGACCACCUGCCAGCUGCCCCCGAACCGAGUUUCUCCAUUUAAGGAUAUGAUCUUAUGCUUCUCAGAAGAGGACUGGUCCCUUCUGGACCCAGCGCAGACUGGUUUCUACGGAGAAUUCAUCAUUGGGGAAGACUACGGGGUCUCCAUGCCUCCAAACGACCCUGCAGCUCAGCCAGACCCCUCACCUGAAGAGAACGGGCCACGGGUCAUAGAGAUGCCAGCCCUCCAGGGUAAAGACGCACCCCAGGUCUCCUGCCUAGACCUUCCCAGUCUCCAGCCAUUCCAAGAAGAAGAAAGGAAAUGGGAGGAACUGCAGGUGCCAGAGCUCCAGUCCUGCCAGCAGGUGGCGCUCACUCAGAGUCCUUGUCCAGGAGGUGAUCCACCACCCCUAAAGAAUAGCCUGGACCAGGAGGUGACCAUUGAGAUCGUGCUGUCCGGUUCUGGGGAUGAGGACUCCCAACACAGCCCAUAUUGCACAGAGGAGCUGAGGAGCCCUGCAGAAAAGCCCCAUAGUCUCUCGACCCACCGCAACAGCACGGAGGUUGGGGGCGAGGUGCAAACCUCACAAAAGUCUUAUGUGUGUCCAAACUGUGGGAAGAUCUUCCGCUGGAGGGUCAACUUUAUCCGCCACCUGCGCAGCCGCAGGGAGCAGAAGCCACACAAAUGCUCAGUGUGUGGAGAGUUAUUCAGUGACAGCGAGGACCUGGAUGGACACCUGGAGACCCAUGAGGCCCAGAAGCCCUACAGGUGCACUGUCUGCGGAAAGAGCUUCCGCCUCAACUCACACCUUCUCUCCCACCGACGGAUCCACUUGCAUCCAGACAAACAGCCACCAGUGAAGAAGAGCGAGGAGGAUGCCUUGGAAACAGAGGGCACAGGUACCCAAGCCCUGCUGGAGAAGAGCAAGGCUAAGCUGGGCUUCCAGUGUGGGAACUGCGGGAAGGGCUUCCAGCGACACGACCAUCUGGUGAGACACCGUAGCCACUGUCACCUGAAAAGUGAGGCUCGUCCCCUCCAAUGUCGGUACUGUGUCAAAACUUUCCGGCAGAAUUACGAUCUCCUCCGCCAUGAGCGCCUGCACAUGAAGCGCCGCUCCAAGCAGGCUCUGAACUCAUACUGAGCGGGACGCGGCCCUACAAACUAGUCCCUGCCCUAGCACAAAGCCCGAACCACCUGCCCUUUGCUCUCAGGUAGUGUCCAACUUCUGGUGCCAUGCCUCUUCCUCCCCAGAUAAAAAGUAGCCACCUGAGCACUCCUUCUACUGUGCCAAAACCCAGGGAGGUGAGGCAACUGUGCAUCUUAGAGACCUUUAGUCACAUGCUCCAGCCCUCAGAGGGACUGGGCUGCCCCAUCCCAUGCCUUCUAAGGGUGAGGUAUGUGCAGUGGGGAGCUGGCCUAAAGCCCUGACCCUGGUCCUGUCCUCAGAAGUCAGUUCGAGGUCAUUGUGUCUAGGAGAGUGUCCCACAGAUGGCCAGGAGGGCCUUUGGGGUCUGGGAAUUGUCAUGAGACCCGAUUUGGCCAGGCCACUGACCAUAUGGGGAUCAGCAGCUCACAUUUUAAAUGUGUGCACCUGUCCCAACAUGUCUUCAUUGUGCCCCAAAGAUCCUUCAUAAAUCUGUGAUGGAAACUGCCUGUCACCACCCUGAGUCCUGCGCUCUGUCAGCCCAUCAAGGCUCUGCUGGGCGAGCCAAGCCCGGGGACAGAAGCUUCCGUGAAGCUGCGUCCUUCAAGGGUACCCAGUCCAAGGCAGCCUGUUUAGUUCCCUGACUGUUGGGACUGUGCUAAACCUGAGCUCUUCUAACACCAGCAGGGGGCAUUGUCCCAGCCGUGAGGCUGCAAAGGCUGAGGGCUGGUGUCAGCAGGGUUGGCUCUCUGAGGCUAGAAGAGGGAAGGAAUCAUCCUGGGACUGACGUCACUAACCCUUGUCUGUAGCCCUGGGCUGCAUACUGCACAGAGGAGCCCUGCACAAACGUCUUUGCCUUCGUCUCCACUGUGUCGGUCUCCAAACUUGACCUUUUGUACAGGAUCCCAGUUUUUGGGUUGGGGCACUAACCCUGUCUGUCACAGCUGAACCCCACCUACAUCUGGAGUGGCCGUUUCCAAAUAAAGUCACAUCUUGAGGUGCUAGGAAUAAGGACUUCAACUCUGGAGUUUGAGUGGACAUAGCCAAACCCCAGAUGAUCUCAUGGUGCUGUUAUCCUGCCUCAGAUGAACCGAUGUGGACUUGGGGUAGUUUGCUUGCCAUCCCUUUGAAUGCCGGGCUCAGUCCAUUGUCUGCUCUCAGAGCUGCUGUCAUCUGCAAGGAAGAAUCCUCAUCCAUGGCCUCUAAGUUCAGAGCCUGGGAUUCUGGGGGUGGUUAUUGGUAGGAAACCUCAAGCAAUCGAAAAUGUGGUCUUACUGUCCUGGCUCACUGGUGUUGACCUCACUGUGGCUAUGACUGGACCCAAGAGCUGCAGCCAGGCUGGUUCUGUAGGCUGUACCAGCUCUCAGCUGUCAGGAAGCCUGAGAAAAUGAAUUCACGGCCUCUGGUGCUCUAUGCCCUGAUUUUCACAUCAAGAAGCCUCUAUUCAGAUGCAAUCAAAGAAUUCUGAGACUUUCUUUUUCUGAUCAGUGCAUUGACCAGAAAUAGUAAAUGCAAUAAAAUCACCACACCUUGAACAAGAAAUAAAC